CCCUAUUGCAAGAAGCUUUUUGUUUCAAGCAACAUUAAGUGGAUUGCUAAACAAUUCAUCAUUUUAGUCUCAAAAAAAGGUAGAAUUCCAUGCUAACUCUGCACCACCUUCAUUUGAAAGCAGCCUAUUAAAGAAAUCUCCAAUUGGUGGAACUUCCAAGAUGGGGUCCAAACAUCUGAGAGACACACAAAAAUGUAUGGCCAAGAACACAGCCGCAGAGGCUGCACUGAAACAUGUUGUUUCUUAAUUGAUUAAUAUGAAAUUUGAAGUGGUUUAAUCUUAGUAUGUGCCACUUGAUCAUGUUAUAUAUAUAAUAAGGCAUUAAGCCCCAUGUUACAAAGAAUCAGAAGCCAACUAUUCCCCAUUCACAGCCUGGUUGUCUCACCAUCAUCCUUAGAUUCACUGCAAUCUUGUUUGUCUUAUCUCACCAAAGGACUCAUAGAGUAGACAGGAAUCUUUGGCAUCCAGACAGCACAGAUAGAUCUGCAAACCUGUUCAUUUGACUGGUACAGUCAUCACACAGACCCACAAACACAGACAAAUAUUUAUAUUUUUUAUAAAAAGUGGGAACAAAGUAUCCUCUGUAGGCAUGCAGAUUCUUCAAUGGCUCUUUAAAGGUGCACAUGAGCAAGAAAGAAAUAGGAGCAGCAGCAACUUCAGUAUCCCUCCCAAUAGGGAAGAUACCAGUGGGCAAAAUGGUAAAGGGAAAGAGGUAAAUCUGCUGAAGCGUGAGGGAUCACAGAAAAGAGGAAGAAGGAACAAAUGGGGCACGCCUGGUUGCAAGAACUUUAAGAUAUUCACUUUUGUAUACAGAAAAGACAUUCCAAAAGCUUUCUUUUACAGCACUCUCAACUUGAAGAGGCUAGGAAGCUUUAACAGCAAACGGUUUCUGUACUUCAUGAAGAUGAAGAAAGAAGAGGCAUCCAAAGAUGUUGGAAGUGCUAACAAGGCAGAUUCGGGUAGCCAUGUUGGAAACAAGGUUUUGCCCAUAAGUGAGGCACCAUUGUCAUCCUCAGCUGAAAGAAAAGACCAAUGUGGUGAUGAUGCCACAGAAACUAAAGAUCAAAACAAGAAAAAGCCAAUGUCAAGAAUGAAAGAGCUACUCAGAUGGGCUGCUUCUUCCAAGUCAGAGAAAGGAGGGAAAUUCAAUGGAAGAAAGGUUUUAAUGUUCAGAAGGCGUGGAAACCUGAAAGCAGUUCCAGAUGAUGAUCAAGGAUGCACCGAGUCACCCAAGAUCAGUUUCAGAUGGGAUGUGGAAAGCUGCUCCACCACUUCCUCUGUUUACUCAGCAAUCUCAAUAGCUUCCUCAUCAAAAAAUGGACUUAACCAAAUUUCAACUUCCACUUUAUCCAUCCCUCCCGAACACACUGUCCACAAUAAAUCUGCCAGAAAAGGAAACUGGAUCACAACAGACUCUGAAUUUGUGGUGCUGGAACUGUGAAAGAAUGAGGCUGAAGGGGAUAUUGCAUGUGUGGUGAAGUGUUAGGUGGCAAACUACAUCACAAGUUAAUGCUCUAAAAUGUGUCAUGUUCAUCAUGGAUUAUUUUCUGAGAUAUUUCUAGAGAUUUUAUGUAACUUAACUAAAGAUAGAGAGAUCAAGAGGCAUAAGGAAAAGAGAGUAAUUAAUUAUCUGAAUGUGCUAGAUGGUGAUCAAACAGAUCAAAUGCCCAUGGCCAUGACAUGAGAAUGUUUGCUGUCUGCAUUAUUAGGAGUAUAAAUUAAUUACGUGUUGACUCAACUAAUUAAUGUAGAUGGAACCACUUUUUCCUGUAAAUCUCUUAUAAUCGCCAUUGAUCAUUUUCUCAAGUUUAUGCUAUUAGUAUACAACUCAUGUGUAACCAACAUUAAUGUUUUUUAAUAUAUCCAUAUAACAAACAUCUCUGUUAAAUGCAAGAGCUCGAAAGUUGGUUUGUUGAA